CUCACACGCCCCGCCCCUCUGCCAUCCCAUUGGCUGUUGGCGUCACGUGCAAGCCCCUUCCCGAGGGCGGUGACCGGCACCGGAGAAAGUUACCGGCGGGACCGCGGCACCAGGUGGCUCCGGCCGUGCCCAUGGCGGAGAAACCGGAGCCCCGGGACGCGGAGGGCAGCAGCCGGGAGCCGGUGGGCACCGCGGUGAGAGCCGGGCCCUGGGCACCGGGGGACGCGGGGCCGGCACCGACGGUGCCACCAUCCCCGGUCCUGCAGGGGCUGCCCGUGGAGACGCUGGGGCCGGAGCUGGAGCAGGAGGAGGAGGAUGAAGGCAGCCAGGACCCCGUUGCAGCAGCGGCCGUCGAGGCUGCAGCCGGUUCCCCCGUCCCCACAGGGCCCGGCCUCCUGCUGGGGCAAUGCGGGAGCCUGCAGCACCCGGAGGAGCACCCGGAGGAGCACCGGGACCCCGGUGCCAAGGUCCCUCCGGACGGCUCCGCAGAGCCCGGUGGUGCCGAGCAGGAGGAGCCUGAUGCUGAGCCCGAUGCUGAGCCCGAUGCUGAGCCCGAUGCUGAGCCCGAUGCUGAGCCCCCCGCUGCAGGUCACCCCCUCCCUGGACGUGCCCGUCCCUCCCCAGAGGCACCACUGGAGGACGGGACCUGCACCAGCAGUGAGGAUGAUGUGGAGGGGCUGCGGCGCCGGCGGGGCCAUGAGCCCCGUUCUGGGCUGCCCCUUCCCGUGCCCGCCCUGCACCGGGGGGCUCCGGGCACCGGGGAUGAGGAUGGGCUCAGCAUGAGCAAGUACCUGCUGGGGGCUGUGGCGCUGGUGGCCAUGGGACUGCUGAUUGUGUCCGGUGGCAUCUACGACCCAGCAGAUGACCCCACAGAGCACAUAGUGAACCGGGAUGUGGCAGCCGGGAAGCAGGAGCCGCUGCUGCCCAUUGACAGCAAUGCCUCGCAGAAGAAGCUGCCACCAUCGGGUGCUGGUGACCCCGAGAGCCCUCAGUCCCUGAGCCUGCUCCUGGACAAGCUGGCCAAGGAGAACCAGGAGAUCCGGCUCAUGCAGGCAGAGCUGCAGGCCCACAGGGAAGAGCUGCAGGGGCUGCUGCAGCAGAGCGAGGGCAAAGCGGCAGCGGCCGGAGCGCAGCGGCAGAGCCUGGAGACCGAGAACCAGCGGCUCCGGUCGGUGCUGGAGCAGGAGGCGGCGGCGCUGCGGGAGGCUCGGGCUGAGCUGCAGCGGGUGCGGGAGGCCGCGGCACCGGAGCAGCCCCAUGUGCCCAACGGGGAUGCGGUGCGGCGGUUGGCAUCGGUGCGCCGGGAGCUGGCGGCGGCCCUGGCGCGGGCACGAGGUGCCGGGGGCCUCGAGGCGCUGGUGGCGGAGCUGGGAGCGCUGGAGCAGCGCCUGGGACGGGAGCUGGAGGCAGGGGGGGCAUGGAGGAAGCCGUUCAAGGCUGAGAGGAAGGAGAGCAAGCGGCACAAGCGGCACAGCUCCGGUGAGCGCGAGAGGAAGGGGCACAGCAAACCCCAUGGGCACGGCAAGGACACCCGGUUUCCCCGGGAGCACAAGCAGGGCAAAGCCUGGGGGAAGCCGUCUCACGGGCCCCCCUUCAGCCGGUACCGGGCGCCCCAGGGCUGCGUUGGGGUGGCCGAAUGCGCCCACAAGGAGGGUCAGGAGGUGCUGGGGGCUGCGCUGGAGCCGGUGCAGAAGAGCCAGUUCCUGCGGCUGCUGGAGGGGUUCAUGGGGCGGCUGGGCUGGGGGCAGCACUUCGGGGGGGUGGCAGCGCAGAUCGAUGGGGCCUUCGGGGCCGAUGGGGUCUUUGCCCACGACCGCCGGCGCUUCACUGACUUCGUGGAGGAGGUGGAGGAGAUGCUGGAGGAGGUGGCGCGGAGAGAGAGGGGUGAUGAGGAUGCGGCCGAUGGCUUCGAGGAGUUCGUGCUGCGCCACUACAGCAGCACCGGUGGGAAGGAGCGAGGGUGGAGACCCCCCGGAACCGUCGGGUAGAGCCGGGGUGGCCGCCCCAUCGCAGCCCGGACACAGCGCCCUCGUGGAGGGGUCCCCACGGGCUGGUUUGGGGGGGGGGGGGCUGCCAUUGCCCCCCCCGGGGGUCGGGUCCCCAACACACACAGUGUGAUGCUAUGGGCACGCAAUAAAGGCACCGCUGGGCAGAGCUGA